AGACCUGCCACCCCGAUCCGAGAGGGAAGGAAGCACCCCUGGAGACACCAUGCGUGAGUGCAUCUCUAUCCAUGUUGGCCAGGCGGGAGUUCAGAUAGGAAAUGCAUGCUGGGAACUCUUCUGCCUAGAGCAUGGCAUUCAGCCAGAUGGCACCUUCAAGGAUCUGCACGAUAAACUCAACUAUGAUGACUCUUUUACCACAUUUUUCAAUGAAACACUCACUGGGAAGCAUGUGCCACGAGCUGUAAUGGUGGACUUGGAACCAACUGUAGUAGAUGAAGUGCGGGCUGGCACCUUUCGGGAACUUUUUCAUCCAGAACAGCUGAUCACUGGAAAGGAAGAUGCAGCUAAUAACUAUGCCCGUGGCCACUACACCAUUGGCAAAGAAAGCAUUGAUAUGGUGCUUGAUCGUGUCCGUAAGCUGGCUGAUGCCUGUUCUGGGCUGCAAGGAUUCCUGAUCUUCCACAGCUUUGGCGGGGGUACCGGCUCUGGCUUUACCUCCUUACUGAUGGAACGCCUCUCCGUGGAUUAUGGAAAGAAGUCCAAACUGGAGUUUGCCAUCUACCCAGCCCCUCAGGUCUCCACCGCUGUGGUGGAGCCCUACAAUUCCAUCCUGACCACGCACACCACCCUCGAGCACUCGGACUGCGCCUUCAUGGUGGAUAACGAGGCCAUCUACGACAUCUGCCGCCGAAACCUGGACAUCGAGCGCCCCACUUACACUAACCUCAACCGCCUCAUCAGCCAGAUCGUCUCCUCCAUCACCGCCUCCCUGCGCUUUGACGGUGCCCUCAACGUGGAUCUGACCGAGUUCCAGACAAACCUGGUGCCCUACCCGCGCAUCCACUUCCCCUUAGUGACCUACGCCCCCAUCAUCUCCUCUGACAGAGCCUAUCACGAGCAGCUCUCGGUGGCUGAAAUCACCAGCUCCUGCUUUGAGCCCAGCAACCAGAUGGUGAAGUGUGACCCAAGGCAUGGGAAGUACAUGGCCUGCUGCAUGCUCUACCGCGGCGACGUAGUUCCCAAAGACGUCAACGUAGCAAUUGCUGCCAUCAAGACCAAGAGAACGAUCCAGUUUGUCGACUGGUGUCCAACAGGCUUCAAGGUUGGGAUCAACUAUCAGCCUCCUACAGUAGUUCCUGGCGGAGACCUAGCCCAAGUUCAGCGAGCAGUCUGCAUGCUGAGCAACACCACAGCUAUUGCAGAGGCUUGGGCAAGGCUCGACCACAAGUUUGAUCUGAUGUACGCCAAGAGAGCUUUUGUGCACUGGUAUGUGGGUGAAGGCAUGGAGGAGGGAGAAUUCGCAGAGGCCCGAGAGGACCUGGCUGCCCUGGAGAAAGACUAUGAAGAAGUGGGAACUGACUCAUUUGAAGAAGAAAAUGAUGGGGAGUAAUUUUAAAAUACAUUUUGUUCCUAGUGAGCAUAGAAUUGUCUCU